GUCACGUUCGAAGAAGGAAGUUUUUGCGUUGGUGGCUUUGUUUACAAACAUUGCCAUGAUUCUUCUGCGAUAACCGUGGUCAUUUUCUCGUUUUUAUUCUCGAUCCAAGGAACGAUUUGUUACUACUAAAAUGAAUACUCUGUGUUUGAUGGUCAUCACAAUUGCUCUCUUUGCCACAGUGGUUCAGAGUGCUUGCCCCCCAGACAAUGUUAUCGAAUAUGUAACGGUAUCGGAGGACAAUUAUGACAGAAAUUUCUCUAAGAUUAGUGAAGACGGGAAACGACCUCUAGGUUUCGCCAAGUCCCGAUGGUACUACAAUCGUCCAGACAAGAAGAAUCCUUGUAUAAAAAUCUCAGGAGCAACGGAUAGAAGAGUAGAAAUCAUGGUGGAAGCAGAACUUAAUGCAAGAUUAUGUUAUAAGACGCAGACAUCAUCAACCUUCUGCUUUUUUGGGCAACAGUGGCGGUGUAUACCCUCUAGAGGUGAUGACGUGUACAUAGAGUUUUUCUGUGAUGACCAGUGUGAAGAGCAUGACGUUCGCUUCUGGUACCGAAUUGUGCUUGGAGUCACACCAGCCGAGGACCCUGAAGACCACUGGUGCGAGGGUCGUAAUCAGGACGAGUUUCCAGCAAACUUGUUGAGGCUGCCGGACGGUUUCAAGGUGCCCACAGAGACAACUACCCCGUUUAACCUAGCCUCUGCACCGACUGCCUCUUAUAAUUUGCUUGCACUGCUCAGUUUUCUUACAUUUUUAUGUUAUAAAAGGAGGUAAUGGGAUUUGCUUGGCGAAAGAUUUUAAUUACAUUUGAAUACUUUUGCUAUUGUUUAACCCCUUUGUGACUGCUUCCUCACACCAUACAUCAAACAUCGUGAGCUGAGAGGCUGUAAAUGAACAUACAUUAUGCACACUAAAACGUACCAUACAGGAUUUUAACCGAAUUUUACCAAAGAACUAAUCGCGGGCAGUAUUGCAUACAGACGUAAGUCAUUUUUGGCGGCCUUUGAGAUACAUCUGUAUGCAAUACUACCCCGCGUAAUGAAAGAUUCUAACUCUCUGAUUACUAAAAUGUACAAAUCGUGUAAAUCUUUAAUUUUUGAAUGGGACUGCUAAAUGACUGAAAGUGUUCAUUGUCCUUUCCAGCAAAAUUGGGCUCAGUAAAAGUCAGAAAAAUGUUUGUCUUGAAGGGGUUAAAAUAUAUUUAUUAAAAUUUUCUUUGAAAAUGUACAAUGCG